CCGUUUUCCAAAUGGGAAUCUCGCGUUGCCUGAGUUCUAAAGUUCCUUUGCUUGGAAUUUGUACUCCUCAAGUACUCGAGGAGGCCGGCGGUCUCUUGUCUGCAGUUGCGGCUUUAGUUCCUCUUCUGCAGAAGCAGCAUCUGGUGGUGACGGUGAGGUCGGGGGCGUUGGGAUAAGUUCUGUGAUUACCAGAGAUGGACAUGCAGAGCCAGGAAUUGGGGGGGGGGUGCUCUGGGAGCCUCAGGAUUGAGACUGGGAUCCAGGCGCCUCUUUCAGCUUCUUUCCUUAGAGGAUCCCUCCUGCAGGUCUGGACAGGUGGUCUGGGGCACAGGUGAGAGUGGGCUGAACUCGCCGGGUGCUCUGCGCAGGGCUCCAUGCCCACGUGUGCUGGGGAGGGGUGUGUUUUGUGCAGGUAACACAAGGAGGUUUAAACAGCUGAGGGGCUCAGGUGAAAACUUGUUGAAAUAACAGUUAUGCCAAGACGUUAAGGAUGACUUGUGACUGUCCAGGUAACUGAGAGGUAAUGGACUAGCACAGGCCAGGUUGGGGGGCAUGGCCUGCUGGAGGAAUUAAAAGCAGCCCAAACACAGAACCCAGGGGUGUGGGGCAGAGCUUGACCUGUUGCCUGACUGUGAGGCAGAUUCCAGCACCGUACCCAGGAAGCGGGCACGGUGGCAGCAGGCUAGAUAGUGGGAGACGGUGGGCAAGAGGCUGGCAGAGCAAGUGUGGGUGAGCUUGCUGAGGAGACGGAGGACCUUCUGGGAGGGGAGAGCUGAAGGCAGGCAUGAGCACAGGUGUCCGUGAGCACACAGGCGUGAAGUGCCAAUGGAGCCAGGCUCCCCACUGAGCACAGGCCAUUGUGGUCCUCACCAGGCUCUGGUGCAGACACCUCAGGGUAGAGCACACCGCCCCAGGUCGGAGGGCCCGGGACACUGCACAAGGGGAUGAAGUGAAGAAGCAGACAGUGAUGAGAACAGGUGGCAGCUGUCGCGUGGCACAGAGCUGAGCAUGUGGGAGCCCCUGAAACAAGAGAGGCCCCAGUGUGUGCUGCUCUCGGGAGGUGAAGGAGCAGAGCUGAGAGGAAGGGAGGGUCUGAAGACUCUCAGCAAGGGAAGGUGCCAGUGUGUCACGGAUGAAGCCAUGACUGUGAUGCAGCAAUGGCCGGGUGACAACAUUAGGACAGAUGAGCAGUUCUUGCUAAUUAAGUUUCAGAAACAAAUGCAAGCGGUAUGAUUUACAGCUACUUCAGGUGAGGGAAAACCAUGAAAAACAACGACUAAGGAACAAUUCAAAAGGCUCAUUUCCAACAGCACAUUGGGGCACACGAGAGGCCCCCAGCCACUGUGGGGCGCUGAUGCCUGGGGUCUGCGUCCUGUCCUGGGGUGGCAGCUUUGCUCCAGGGAUCUCACUCUUGGUGUUGAAAAUGUCGGGGCUCACCCAGCCCAAGUGCUACUUCCCAGUCCCUCUCACACCUUCCUGCUUCUGGUCUCUGCGUGACCUGCACUGUCUGGGAAGGUGCUGGCAGUGCCCUGAGAGUGCACCGGGAGCUCCAGCCAGAAGCCAGUUGCCAAUUAAUGGUGGGCAGCUUUCUGAGAGAAAUGCACCAGAUGGCCAGGCCAGGACUUGGUGGGAGCAGCAGGACAGAAGCUGAGUGAUCCUGGACGGGGUGGGGAAGAGUGCAUCGUCUCCGAGUCCCAGGGGCAGGUGAACCCUUCAGGAUGAGUGCUGCUCAUGCCAGGGACACUGGUGACCUUCAAGGAUGUCCUUGUGAGCUUUUCCAGGGAGGAGUGGCAGCUGCUGGACACUACCCAGCAGACCCUGUACAAGGAUGUGACCCUGGAGAACUAUAGGAACCUGGUUUCCUUGGGGCUUCAGCUUCCCAAGCCAGAGGUGAUCCUGCGGUUAGAGAAAGGGGGAGAGCCAUGGCUGGUGGAGAGAGGGGUUCCCCGCAGGAUUCAUCCAGACUCCGGAAGUACAGUUGACAUUAAGUCUUCAGUUUUCAGCAAGAGCAUUUCUAAAGGUAAACAACCUGAUGGCAUUAAAAUGGAAGAAACGGCAAAGGAUGAUCUCUGGCAUUUGUCAUCUGAAGAAGCCUGGAGGUGUGACGACCUGCUGGACACGCACCAGGAGAGGCAUUCAAGGCGAGUGUUAUUAACCCAAAAGAAAGUACAUAUUCAGGAGAGAGUCUGUGGACAUGGAAAAUAUGAGGAAAAUUGUCUUCUUCCUGCUCAGCUAGUACUGAGAGAGUAUUUCCAGAAACAUGACUCACACACAAAAAAUCUAAAACAUGAUUUAGUUUUCGGUGGUCAUCAGGAGAGCUGUGCCAGCAGCAGUAAUGAAUGUGCUCAAACCUUCUGUCCAAGCAUUCACCUUAUUCAGUUUGCAAGAGCUCAAGCAGGAGAUAAAUCCUUCAGGUGCCCUGAUAACAGUAACUCCCUUACUCAUGGUACAUCUGUCAGUAUAUCGAGGGGUGUACAUAGAGAGAAACCCUACGAAUGUAAAGAAUGUGGAAAAUUCUUCAGCUGGCGCUCUAAUCUUACCAGGCACCGACUCAUUCAUACAGGAGAAAAGCCCUAUGAAUGUAAAGAGUGUGGGAAAUCCUUCAGCCGGAGUUCUCACCUUAUUGGACACCAGAAGACUCACACCGGUGAGGAGCCCUAUGAAUGUAAAGAGUGUGGCAAAUCCUUCAGCUGGUUCUCUCACCUGGUCACCCAUCAGAGGACUCACACCGGGGACAAACUGUACACGUGUAAUCAGUGUGGGAAGUCCUUUGUCCAUAGUUCCAGGCUUAUUAGGCACCAGCGGACUCAUACUGGAGAGAAACCUUACGAAUGCCCUGAAUGUGGGAAAUCUUUCAGACAGAGCACACACCUCAUUCUGCAUCAGAGAACUCAUGUCCGAGUUAGGCCCUAUGAAUGCACUGAGUGUGGGAAGUCUUACAGCCAGCGGUCUCACCUUGUCGUGCAUCACAGAACACACACCGGGCUGAAGCCUUUUGAGUGUAAAGAUUGUGGAAAAUGCUUUAGUCGAAGUUCUCAUCUUUUCUCUCAUCAGAGAACCCAUACUGGGGAGAAACCAUAUGAAUGUCAUGAUUGUGGGAAAUCCUUCAGCCAGAGUUCUGCCCUCAUCGUGCAUCAGAGAAUUCAUACGGGGGAGAAACCAUAUGAAUGUUGUCAGUGUGGGAAAGCCUUCAUCCGAAAGAAUGACCUCAUUAAGCAUCAGAGAAUCCAUAUUGGAGAAGAGACCUAUAAAUGUAAUCAGUGUGGAAUUUUCUUCAGCCAGAAUUCUCCAUUUAUAGUACAUCAGAUAGCUCAUACAGGUGAGCAGUUCUUAACUUGUAAUCAGUGUGGGUCGGCGCUAGUCAGUAGUUCCAACCUUAUUAGAUACCAGACAAAUCACAUUAGCGAAAAGCCUUACUAAUGUAAUGGACGUGGGAAAUUCCUCAGUAAGAGCAGUAACUCUCACUGGAGAGCUCCUUUUGGAGAGGUGUAUGGAUGGGAUCUCUGGAGAUGCCUCAAAUCCUGUUACGGCCCUAUAAUGCACUACAGAAUUGGUCCUGAUGACGGGAGAACCCACAAAUUACAUUCCAGUUGAUCUUGGUGCAUUUUGAUCAAGUUCAGUGUUAAAAUCCGAGAAGGAACCAUAAAGUAAGUGACUAGUUAAGGGAGAAUGCUACUUCAAAAAGAUAAACAAUAGUUAACUGCUGAGAAGAAUAAAAAGUCGAUAAAAUUAUUGUGACAAACAUGGAAAAUAAUAUUUCAUUGAAUUAAUAUGCCAUUUUUUUUAUUUGAUUGUCCUCUGGGACACUUCGUAGUGCUUAGUCUGUGUUAUGUGUCAAUAUAACAUACAUUUUGGUUAACCACAGGGGAAAUAUUUACAGUGUAAAGCAGAGAAAGAACAACACAUUUACAUUACUAGUAGUGCCCAUUUUUGAACACAUUUGCAUGUGGGCAGGAAAUGGAAGGGUGUAGAAAAGGAACAAAAUUGAUUUGCUAGGUAAUGGGUUUAUGAAUAAGUUUCAUCAUCUAUUCAGUGUUACUGUAACAAUUACUUAAAGACAUUUUUAAUACAGAAUAAAAGAAGCUCCAGUUUCUCCGUUUGUCAUCAAGGAAACUUGAUAACCAUAAGCCACUCAGCCUUCCCGUUAACUGUAAGAUGUUUGGGGCUAUAGAGUUCUGUUCUUUGAGACUGGGUGCUGAAGGCCCCUAGAAUCUUAAAAACAGUGAUUUUGUGGACACCAGUAUAUAGAGAAACACUCGACAUUGGACAUGUCAGGAGGGGCCUGCAUUUGAAAGGAACAGUUACCUGUGUGAUGCUCAGAGCAAUUACGCUGUGAGACAAACAGCACUGCCCAAAGCCGCCUUCUCUCCAGGGUAAUCUUUUCUCUUUAUGAUGAGGGCGUGAGCUGAAGCUCAGCUGCCCAUUUGAAAUCUUGCCUCUGCCCUUAACUCGCUGGGUGACCUUAGUCAUGCAACCUAACUUCUUUGUGCCUAAUUUAUAGACACCUUCCUCUGUAAGUUAGGGGUAGUGCUGCUCACCUCAUAGGGUGUGGUAGUUAUUAAAUGAGGAAACAUAUCAACAACUUAGCACUAGUGCCUGACCAACAUAAGUGCUUGAUAACUGUCAGCUGUGGCUUUAAUGUUGCCCCUUUUUAUUUUUUUAAGAUUUAUUUAUUCAUACAAGAACAGGCAUACAGGCCAGAGAUGUGGGAGGGCGAGAGAACCCACCAAAGACAGAGCGGGGAGCAGAACAGGCAGACAGACUGAAAACAUUCCUGAGACAGGAGAGGUCUGCCACGCCAUGUGGGCAUCUCCCUGGCCGGCCGGGAAUUGAACCUGCGAUGCAGAGGCUGCGGACAGCUUCACAGAGCGGCGUUCAACCCGCUGCGCCACCAGGGAGGCCCAUAAUGUUGCUCUUACUAACACUGUCCCGGCAUCUGUCUUUUAGUUUAGACUUGCUUGAGUGCUAAUAGCUCAUCAAGGCUUGCUUCCCACCAGCUGCAUGCUCUUCCCUUUUCCCCAUCUCAAGACUUACCCUUGGGAUAUCAGUUGGUACAGGAUUAUUUCUCAAUAUCAGUAACCAACUUGUAAUAUUGUAUAUGUGAGAUCAUUCUGUGUGUACAGAGGUUUCCCUUCUAGGGGGAAGGCCAUAACCUUCAGGUGCUCUGGUAAGUGCAUAACCCAAAAAAUAUUUACCAAAAGAAUAUUUUAAUUUGUGUUUCAUAAAACAAUUUUAUGUUUCAAUCUAUAAUGGAUCUCCAGUGUGUAGGGACUACUUGCCCUUUUCUAGAAAACUGUACAUUAGAUGCUCACUGAUUUUUUUUUUAAAGAUUUAUUUAUUUAUACAAGAACUGGGGUACAGGCCAGAGGCACGGGAGGGUGAGAGAAUUCACCAGAGAUAAAGCGGGGAGCAGAACAGGCAGACAGACUGAAAACACCACUGAGGGGAGCAGUGGGUGAGACAAGAGAGGUCUGCCAUGCCAUAAGGGCAUCUCCUGGGCCGGCCGGCAAUUGAACCUGCGCUGAAGAGGCUGCAGGCAGCUUCACAGCACUGCGCUCAACACACUGUGCCACCAGGGAGGUCCACUGGUUUGAUUCUUGAAUGAUAAAAAAUUUUUGUUGAGAACAGCAGGACAGAUUUUGAUGUCUCUCCCAGGAAAAGUCUAGAAAUGAUUGUUAGACUCACAAGACUUGAGACUACUGCAUCCUCUUCAUUGUACAGUUGCCAUGAAGUGAGUUGGCCCCGGUCAGUGGUCAGACCCAGAGCUCCAUCCCAGGGCCUGAAUGACUGCUGUUCUCAGUGCUUACAUGCUGUUCACAUGCGUAAUAUGCUCUCUUUAGGAAUAGUUUUCAUUAUGAGAAGUAGUGCUUUGUGGGAGUAGAAAAGAAGGCCCUUAAUGGGGCCUCUCGCAAUUUCUGAUUUGACCUGUGGUCCAAGUUUCCUCAGCUGUAAAAUGGAGACACCACUACUAUCUACCUCAGAGGGAUGUUGUGUAAGAUUAAAGGAGAUGAGGUUUGUAAAGUAUUCAGAACAAUGUGUGCACAUAGUAAGUACUGUAUGUUCCUGUUAAUAAUGAUACUACUACGUUUAGCACCCAAAGGAAAGAAUAGAGUGAGUGAUUGUAUGAAUGAUCUCUGAAUCUUUAAAGUGGUACAAAUUUUGCAUAAUGGCUAUAGCGUGUCAUAGAACGUUAAACAGACAUUAAAGUUGUGAACACAAAAGGUUUGGUAACAGGGAAAAUGUUGAUGCUGUCCAGUGUUAUAAAAAAACCAUGAUAAAUGUUAAUAUGGCGUAUACUCAAAUAUGUAAAAAUAAAUGAAUUUAAAACACAAAUGAAUCUUGCUCAAAACUCUAAGGAAAUUUGGCAGAUUAAUAGCUCCUCAUGUUCAAAUUGGGAGAACAGGCAUCUGCUUUUGUAUGUUUUUGUACUUUCCAAAGUUCCUUCAAACAGUAUAUAUUUUAGCAUCAGCAAACCAGUCUCUUCAAUGAUGGAAUCUUUUCUUUUGAAAAAUUCACAUCUACAAAUAAACUUCUAGAACCGUAAUGAAGGAAUUUGGCAGGGCCACAGGAGACACAAUCAAUAUAUAAAAAACGGGUUUCACACCUCUGUACCAGCAGUCAAUAAUUUGAAAGUGAAAUCAGAAAAGCCAUGAUCAGGAUGGGAAAACUCAGUAUUGUUAAGAUGGCAGUUCUUUACAAAUUAAUCUUUAUAUUCAGAGACAUUUGUGGAGAAAUGGACAAGCUAAUGAAAAAUGUACAUAGAAAUGCAGGAGACCUAGUAAAUAAGACCAAAGCCUCAUGUGUUUAUUAAGUACCAUUGUUUUACAUGCUUAUUAGUAUUUUGACAGUAUAUGGUCAGCUUUCAGGGGUUGCUUUUAAAGUUGUCUUUAUCUGACCCUUUGUUUGGUUUCUCUGUUCCACACAUGUGACACCAUCUGGUAUUUACCUUUCUCCUUUUGCCUGAUUUUGCUUAGCAUAAUGCCAUCCAGCUCCAUCCAUGUUGCUGCAAAUAACCAGAGUUUAUCUUUUUUUGUUCCAGUACUGUGCUGUCUGAAUUAUGACUAUAUAGUAUAGUUUGAAGUCUGGAAUUGUAAUCCCACCAUUUCCUCCUAUUUUCUUCAGGAGAGCUUUGGCUGUUUGGGGUCUUUCAUGGUACCAGGUGAAUUUCAGUUAAUAUCUGCUCCAUUUCUUUGAAGAAUGCCAUUGGGAUUUUUAUUGGGAUUGCAUUGAAUCUGUAAAUUGCUUUGGGUAGGAUGGCCUUUUUGACAAUGUUGAUUCCUCCAACCCAUGAGCAGGGAAUAUCCUAAAGCUGUUGUUAAAAAAGAAUGGUAGAGGGCCUCCCCGGUGGCGCAGCAGUUGAGCGCCGGGUUGCGAAGCUGCCCGCAGCCUCUGCUGCACGGUUUGAUCCCCGGCUGCUCCCCGGCCACCAGAGGAGGGUCCCACAUGGCGUGCAGACCUCUCCUGCCGCCCGCUACUUCCUUCAGCAGUGUGCUUUGGUCCUUCUGCCUGCUCUGCUCCCCGCUCUGGUGAAUUCUCUCACCCUCCUGCGCUUCUGACUGUACCCAGUGCUUGUAUAAAUAAAUAAAUAAGAAUAAAUCUUUAAAAAAAAGAAUGGUAGAGGGUUUUCACCCUCCACCAAAAGUAACUUCAAAGCUUACAGUAGAACUACACUGAUAAAAUGUUCACAUGAAGGCAGACAAACAUCAGAAAAAUAGGCUAUGGAAUCCAGAAGUGAGCUUAAAUAAACAUUUAAUUUUCACACAAGUACCUAAAUAAUUCAGCAUGAUAAGGAGUAUUUUUAAAUGAAUGGGGGUAUAACUUACUGGAUAUCUGUAAGAUAAAAAACAUUCAGAAAUUACCUCAAGGGGCCUCCGUGGCACGCGGGGGUUAUGUCUAUGAAGCUCUCGCCAGCCACUGUGACCUGGUUCGAUCCCCGGCCAGGGAGCUGGCCAGGGAGAGGCCGGCACAGCAGGCCUCUCUGCCUCGCCCACUGCUACCCUCAGCAGUGUAUUUCAGUGGAUACAUCUGUUCUGCUCCCCUCUCUGUCUCUGGUGAAUCCUAUCAUCCCACUACACCUGCGGCCUACACCCCAGUUCUUGUAUGCAUAAAUAAAUUAAAAAAAUGAACUCAAAAUGUAUCACAAACUUAAAUGCUGAAGUGUUUAAAACAAGAGAAAAUGUUUCACCCUGGACUUAGCAAAAUAUUUCCUACAGCACAAAAAGCAUGAAUAAAAAGAAAUUGCACUUCAUCAAAAUAAACUUCAGCUCUUCUGAAAACACCAUUAAGAACAUAAGAACGGGCCUCCCUGGUUGCACAAGGGGUUAAGUUAUCAAGCUAUUGGCAACCACUGCAGCGGAGUUUGAACCCCAGACAGGGAGCAACCCACAUGGCACAGAAGACCCCUCCUGUCUCCCUGCUGCUCCCCUGAGCAGUGUAUCUCAGUGGACCCACCUGUUCUGCUCCCCACUGUCUCCAGUGAAUCCUCUCACCCACUGCAUCUCUAACCUACACCCCAGUUCUUGUAUGCAUAAAUACAUAAAUCUUAAAAAAAAAAAAAAACAGCAAGCAACAGACUAGUGUAUGUUCAUAGCUCCUGUUCCCAACAGACACUUGUGCAUUGGACAUUCCUGAUCUGUUUGAGUCUGUUAGAGGUUAGAGUCUCGGUUGCUGCAGUCAGCAGUGGUCCAAAAACACAAUAAAUAGUAAGAGAUUUUGAGAUGGUGGUUCCUCUUUAACCCUCAGUUGUGUUAUACCCACAUUUGUACAGCUUUUGGCCACAGGCCAUUAAAAAAAAAGAAAAUUUGGGGCCUCCCCGGUGGUGCAGCGGUUGAGCGCUGGGUUGCAAAGCUGCCCGCAGCCUCUGCAGCGCUGGUUCAUUCCCCUCCUGCUCCCCGGCCACCAGAGGAGGGUCCCGCAUGGCGCGCAGACCUCUCCUGCCGCCCGCUGCUCCCCUCAGCAGUGUCUUCGGUCCUUCUGCCUGUUCUGCUCCCCGCUCUGGCUCUGGUGUAUUCUCUCACCCUCCCGCGCUUCUGACUGUACCCAGUGCUUGUAUAAAUUAAAAAAAAAUAAUUUGUGAGAGCACAUUCAUGUAAGUUUCACGAUAUAUUGUUAAAAUUGUUUUAUAAUUGUUAACAUGUCCUGUGCUUGUGUUACCAACUAAACUAUCAGGUGUGUAUAUGUAAGGGAAAAAAUAGUAUACAUAGGACGUGUACUCUACAUGUAAUGUCGGGCAUCCAUUGGGGGUCGUGGAACAUGUCCCUCACAGAGAAGAGGGGAUUACUAUAUCUGGAAUACAAAGAACCCUUAUAACUCAAAUGUUAAGACAAACCAAUAAAAAGUAGAAGAGGUUUAACAGAUGCUUCAGUAAGUAAUACAGGAGUGGCCGGUGAACCCAUGGGAAGGGGCUCAACAUCACUCGUUAUUAGGGAAAUGAGCAUUAAAACCACAGGGACACGCUACUUCAGGAAGGCUAACUUGUUAGUGAGGAUUGGGACCCUUGUAUAUUGCAGGUGGGAUUACAAAACAUUACAGCCGCUUUGGGAAAUAAUUUGGCAUGUCUUCAUGCCCACGCGGUAACACCCAUCAAUUAAUUCCACGCCUACGCAUAUGCCCAGGAGAAUUGAACACACGUCCGCGCAGAAACCUGUGCGCAUACAGGAAUGUUAAGCAUCACAGUGAUCCAAAGCUGGACCAAAUUUAAUAACCACA